GCGGCUAUAUAUUGGGAGGCCCCGCUGUUCCUCCUCCUCCUGGCACUAGUCCGGCCGCUCUCCCGCCUUCAGUCCUCGGUGCUGGAUGAUGAUGGCGGUCUGUAGAUUCCUCCCGACUCUCCGGAGAGGCCUGAGCCUGCAGAGGAGCAGCCCCGGCCAGGUCUGCGCCUGUUACUUCUCCACAUCCGGUUCACACGGCGCCAAGUUCUACAGCGAUCCGGUGGAGGCGGUGAGGGACAUCCCGGAUGGAUCCACGCUGCUCGUUGGCGGCUUCGGCUUGUGCGGUAUUCCUGAGAAUCUUAUCGGGGGUCUCCUUAAAACUGGCGUGAAGGGAAUAACGGCCGUGAGCAACAACGCCGGAGUCGACGACUUCGGCCUGGGGUUACUCCUGAAGAGCCGGCAGAUCAAGCGCAUGGUGUCCUCCUACGUCGGGGAGAAUGUGGAGUUUGAGAGGCAGUACCUUCAAGGAGAGCUGGAAGUGGAGCUGGUCCCUCAGGGAACCCUUGCAGAGAAGGUUCGGGCCGGCGGCGCAGGUAUCCCAGCGUUCUAUACGCCCACGGGUUACGGCACGUUGAUCCAGCAAGGAGGAGCGCCUAUAAAAUACAAUAAAGAUGGCAGCGUAGCGAUCGCCAGCAAACAGAAAGAGGUGAAAGAGUUUAAUGGGCGCCAGUUUGUUAUGGAGGACUCAAUCACUGGAGACUUUGCAUUGAUUAAGGCCUGGAAAGCGGAUCGUGCCGGGAACGUUGUAUUCAGGAAAACCGCAAGAAACUUCAACCAGCCGAUGUGUAAAGCAGCAAAAGUGACGGUGGUGGAGGUGGAGGAGAUCGUGGAUACCGGAAGCUUUGCACCAGAAGACAUCCACAUUCCCAGCAUUUACGUAGAUCGGAUCAUUAAGGGUGAAGGCUAUCAGAAAAAAAUCGAGAGGCUCACGUUGAGGAAAACGGAAAAGUCCACGCCAAAACCGAAGAAAGAGUCUGACCUUGUAAGAGAGCGGAUCAUCAGACGAGCCGCCCUGGAGUUCCAGGAUGGGAUGUAUGCAAAUCUGGGUAUCGGGAUCCCAAUGCUGGCGAGCAACUUCAUAUCGAAAGAUAUCACUGUGCACCUACAGAGCGAGAACGGCGUCCUAGGCCUGGGCCCCUACCCCACAGAAGAUGAAGUGGAUCCAGAUCUCAUCAACGCAGGUAAAGAAACCGUCACGGUCCUUCCAGGAGCAGCGUAUUUCUCCAGUGACGACUCCUUCGCCAUGAUCAGAGGGGGCCAUGUGGAUCUGACCAUGUUGGGCGCCAUGCAGGUUUCUAAAUACGGAGAUCUGGCAAACUGGAUGAUUCCCGGCAAGAUGGUGAAGGGCAUGGGCGGCGCCAUGGAUCUGGUUUCCAGCUCCGGAACAAAAGUAGUUGUGACUAUGGAACAUUCGGCCAAGGGGGGAACCCACAAAAUUCUGGAACAGUGCAACUUACCGCUCACCGGUAUGCAGUGCGUGGACCGGAUCAUUACAGAGAAGGCCGUCUUUGAUGUGGACAGGGAGAAGGGGCUGACCCUGAUAGAAGUGGCCGAAGGGCUCUCCGUAGACGAUAUAAAGAAGUGCACUGGCUGUGACUUUGCAGUUUCUCCUGACCUGAAGCCUCUGCAGCAGAUCAGCAACUGAAGGUUUUGUGAAUAUUUGUGGUGGUGGAGGAGCACCCUGUCCUACAGAGAUGGAUGUCUACCAACUAGGACCCGUUUACUGACAGUGGUGACUUGUUACAUAGGGCUGGGGGAGAGAUGGGGAUUAAUAAAAAUAAAUUGUAGUUUUGAUUAACA